AUGCUCCCGCUGCUGCUCACCUCCCUCACGUCGCUGCUGUCAGCCUGGCGGCCGGUGCCGUCGCGCGGCGCUCGCUCUGCGCCGGCGGCGCUCAGCGUGCGCACCGCCUACGCGCGGAGUGUGACGCUCGCCAAGCCGCUCGGCAUCGUGCUCGAGGAGCGCGACGGCGGCGGGGUGCGCUUCGACUCCUUCCAGGAGGGCGGCGCCGCCGCCGAGCAGGCCGCCGCGCUGGACAUCGCUCCCGGCGACCGCCUCCUGGCGGUGGAGGGCGUCGACGUAUCGCGGCGGGGCUUUGACGCGGUGAUGGCCCUCCUCGUCGACGCCCCCUCGCCGCUGCGCCUCACCGUCGACGACGGGCUCGACACGCUCGACAUCACGCCCAACCUCGCAAAGUCGCUCUCCGCCGACGACGCGGCCGCCGCCGACCAGACAGUGCGCGUAGCGGUGCGCGAGACGCGGCGCAUCGUCGGCGCGAGCGGCGAGCUGCAGGCGAGCCUCGGCUCGCUGCUCCGCGUCGAGAUUGUGCUCGGCGCGGGCGUGCGGCCGGACGGGCGCUGCCUCGUCCGCUUCUUCGGCAUCUUCACCACCGACGGCGGCGCGUCGACCUACUCGUGCAACCUGAGCGCGACGGGGCGGAGGAGGGAGGACGGCAGCACCGAGAUCCUGGCGCUGUCGGCGGCCAAGGACGAGGGGUGGGGGCAGACCAUCGACUUGCGGAGGGACGCGGGGAGCUGA